AUGACGGCUAUGGAGGACGAAAUUACCUCAUUGCCCCCUAUCGGCUCGAUGCCUGAUGGUCGAAAGACCACCAUCGCGGCAUCGGCGGCCAUCGAGAACCUCGACGACGAGGAUAAUGCUCCUGGAAGCAAGUUCGCCUUCUCCCCAUCGCAACUCCACCGGUUGAUCGAGAACCGCAAUCCGAAAUCUCCACUCGCCUUUGGUGGCUUGCAGGGUCUUGCAUUGGGCUUGCGAACCGAUGUCAACGCAGGCCUUGGAGUCGACGAAGAUAUCCUCGAUGAACACUCCAUCAGCGCAGAAACGAUUGCAAAUUCCAAGAGCGCCGGUGCACAAACGAAGGCAGACCAAAAGGGAACAGAAGCCCCAGGGCAAACUCCUGGCAACUUCACCGAUCGCCGUGCAACAUACGGCGAGAAUCGUGUACCCAGGAGAAAGCCCAAGACAUUUCUGCAACUUCUUUGGAUGGCCUUCAACGACAAGCUCAUGUUCCUUCUUACCGCCUCUGCAGUCAUCUCUCUAGCCCUCGGCAUUUACCAAUCCGUCGGAAGCGACGAACAAGGAGCAAGGAUUGAAUGGGUUGAGGGGGUGAGUAUCUUGGUUGCUGUCGUGGUCAUUGUGGUUGCGACUGCCGUCAACGACUAUCAGAAGAACUACAAGUUUCAGAAGUUGAACCAGAAGAAGGAAGAACGCAUGGUUACCGUUGUUCGGUCUGGCAAACAUCAGUCUAUCUCCAUCUUUGACGUACUCGUCGGCGAUGUAUUGCACAUCGAGGCCGGCGACGUUGUUCCUGCUGACAGCAUUUUGAUUCAAGGAUUUGACAUCCAAUGCGACGAGUCCGCUUUGACUGGCGAGUCAGAUUUGCUGGUCAAGACUCCAGCCUCCGCAUCAAUCGAGAACGACAACGAUCCUUUCAUCCUCGGCGGGACAAAAGCAACCACUGGAGUCGGAACAUAUCUCGUAUUGGCUGUUGGUGCCGACUCGUCGUACGGCAGAAUCAUGAUGUCGCUCCACGACGACGUUGAAGAGACUCCUCUGCAACAGAAGCUUGGAGUGUUGGCUAAGUACAUCAUCAGAUUCGGUUUGAUGGCGGGUGGUAUUUUCUUUGCAAUCAUGUUCAUCCGGUUCCUCGUCGAUCUGAAACACAUCCAAGGUGGGCCCAAAGAGAAGGGGCAUGCCUUUUUGGACGUUCUGAUUUUGUCCAUCACGAUUAUCGUCAUUGCCGUACCCGAGGGUCUCCCACUGACUGUCACCCUGGCUUUGGCUUUUGCUACAACAAGAAUGCUCAAGGACAACAACCUCGUACGGCUCCUUCGAUCUUGCGAAAUCAUGGGCAACGCCACAACGGUCUGUUCCGACAAGACGGGUACCCUAACCCAGAAUAAGAUGAGCGUCGUUGCAGGUAUUCUCGGACCGGCAGCAUUGUUUCGAGACGUUGGUUUUCCAUACGGGCACGACCACGACAUCCCUUUAACCAACGAAUUCAUCGCAUCCCUGCCAAACACUAUCCGGGAACUGAUUAAGACGAGCUUUUCCCUCAACUCGACCGCAAUCGAAACGACUGACUGCAACAAUUUCGUUGGUUCGAGCACCGAAACUGCACUUCUCAAGUUUUCUGUUGAGCAUCUCGGCAUGGGAAGUGUCAGUGAAGAGAGGACCAACGGAAACAUUGUGCAGGUUAUUCCCUUCGAUGCCUCAAAGAAGUGGAUGGCUGUUGUUAUAAGGCUGGGCGAUGGUCGCUACCGAAUGCUGGUCAAGGGUGCUGCAGAAGUCAUUCUGGACAGAUGCGUCGACAUUUUGAGCGAUCCCGCCUCUGGCUCCGACGUUAUGAAGAUGACUCCUAACAGCAUACAAAGACUGAAGGCCAUCAUUCUUGGCUUCGCCCAGCGGUCUCUGCGAGUCGUUUCCGUGGCAUACAGGGACUUUGAUCAGUGGCCCCCGGCGGCUUCAAAUACAACGAUCAGUCUCUCCGACUUGGUUUUCAUCGGUGCUUUUGGCAUCCGCGACCCCCUACGGCCUGAGGUUAUUGAGGCUGUCCGACAAUGCCAGUCCGCUGGUGUUUUUGUUCGAAUGGUAACGGGUGAUAACUUCUUCACGGGCACAGCUAUCGCCGAAGAAUGCGGAAUUUACACGGCUGGCGGAAUAGCCAUGGAUGGACCGACCUUCCGGAGGUUGACGUCGAGACAGCUCGAUCUCGUAGCUCCACGUCUCCAAGUCCUCACUCGAUCCAGCCCCGACGAUAAAGUACGCCUAGUAACUCAUUUGAAGAGUCUUGACGAGGUCGUGGCUGUGACCGGAGACGGCACGAACGAUGCCCUCGCAUUGAAGGCUGCAGAUGUGGGUUUCUCCAUGGGCAUAUCUGGAACCGAAGUCGCCAAGGAAGCAUCCGCAAUUGUUCUAAUGGACGACAACUUUGCAUCGAUUGCCAAGGCAAUCUCCUGGGGCAGAGCCGUCAACGAUGCCGCCAAAAAGUUUCUGCAGUUUCAGUUUACCAUCAACGUUACGGCCGGCCUUCUUACUGUCAUAUCUGCACUCGUUGGUGGCACGGGCGCAUCUGUCUUCAGUGUUGUCCAAUUGUUGUGGAUCAACCUGAUCAUGGAUACGUUCGCUGCGCUGGCUCUCGGUACCGACUUCCCAACUCCCGAUCUGCUGAAGCGGAAGCCCGAGCCGAGAGGAGUUGCAGUCCUCAACGUUACGAUGUGGAAGAUGAUUCUAGGGCAGUCCAUCUACCAGCUUGCGGUCAUCUUCACGUUCCACUACGCAGGGGAGAGCAUCUUCCAAUACCACACGGAGCAACAGCAGCGACAACUACAAACCAUGACCUUUAACAUUUAUGUGUGGAUGCAGUUCUUCAAUCAAAUCAAGUGA